CGCACUCCCACUGACUGAACCUCCCCUGUCAUUGUGGCAAAUUUGUAGAAGCACAUGCUGUUUUCGACGUCCCGGUAACGGAGCAUAUGCUGCCAUGAGCGCUUUGUGUCGCCUGAUCCAGAGAGGGCUGCUGUCGAGCGGCCGGUCGUCGUGUCGUUUAUUCCCCGUUCAGCAGGAUGUGUGCGGGGUGUCUGCCGUGGUCCGGACCGCCAGCUCAUCCAGCACUGUCAACUUGACCUACGAUGUCUUCGAUGGGAAGGGAGACAGUACUCCUCUGGUGUUUCUACACGGCCUGUUUGGCAGCAAAUCUAACUUCCACUCAAUAGCGAAGUCCUUGGUGCAGCGCACAGGCCGAAAGGUGCUGACUGUAGAUGCCCGUAACCAUGGUAACAGCCCCCACAGCUCAGUGUUGACCUAUGAGGCGAUGAGCGGCGAUUUGAAACACCUCCUCGCCCAGCUGCACAUCGAGAAGUGCAUCCUCAUCGGCCACAGUAUGGGAGGGAAGACGGCCAUGACGACCGCCCUGAUGCAGCCCGGUUUAGUGGAGAAGUUGGUGGUCGUGGACAUCAGCCCUGCUCAGACCACCACACGAACAAACUUCGGAUUUUACAUCAAGGCCAUGCAGGACGUGAAGAUCUCCAGUGACCUCCCGCGCUCCACCGCUAGACGGAUGGCUGAGGACCAGCUGCGCAGUUUGGUCAAGGAGCACUCUGUGCGUCAGUUCCUGCUGACUAACCUGGUGGAGCAGAACGGCCAUUACGCCUGGAGAGUCAACUUGGAGGCCAUCUCGGCACACCUUGACAACAUUAUGAGUUUCCCCAGCUUUGAAACAGUCUACAAUGGACCCACGCUGUUUUUGGGUGGAGCCAGUUCGGCUUAUAUCAGCUCCGAUGACUACCCAGAAAUCCAGAGGCUGUUCCCGCUCGCUGACAUCCAGUACAUCCCAGAUGCGAGCCACUGGAUCCAUGCAGAUAAACCUUUAGACUUCAUCAGCUCAAUCAGCUCCUUCCUACAGUCGUAGCCGCCUCCUGCUUUUAACGCCUCCGAACUCUUUUGUGCUCAGCACGCCUUAGUGUCCCCUCACUGAAACCGAAGGUGAGAAUUCAACAGCUUCAGCGAGAGCCAGCGGAGUCUUUAUUGAUGCUAAUAUAUGCCAACACUGGACCAAACUUACCCUUUUACAGCAGUCAGUUCUUACCUUUUAACAAUAUCAAACUUAGUUUAGUGUAAUGUAGGUGAAUAUUUUUUUGUUUUGUUUAGUCUGCCAGACAGGUAGUGUUGCUAGGUCGGCUGGUCUAUAGAUGUGUUUUGAUUUAUAGAUUGGUAGGUAAAAAAAUAGUAGUGAAAAUAUUCCAGUUUAACAUAAGGAAGAUGUUUUGGAGGUGAUAUACUAAUCCAAAGAAACUCUCAUUUGCACAGCGCUUUACGUCGAUACAUUUAUAGCAGUGAUAUAGAGACGUGGCUUUAGGCCAAGUACAAUGUGGCACUGCUGAAGUGGACCAGCGAUAAGAUGGUUUGACGUGAGGGUUUUGACGGCACUUCAAUGAAACAAAUACUGUAUCUGAGAGGUUCUUCAUGGGCAGAAGUGAAGAACAUGCAAAGCAGAAAUAGUCCAGGGAACGAAGGCGUUUGGUGUCAUGUGUAAGGAGGUCAGAGCUCUGCAGAGAGGCUGAAGUUCAGAGUUUAUGUGUACAGAUGGUUUGUUUUAGAAACAAAUUUUAAUGUUGAUCACAGAGUUAUAUUCAGUAAGCUGGUCUUGGGACUUUAUCUCUCACAUCCUCUCCUGUGUGUCUUCUGUAUAUCAGAGAAGAGGAUUUACAGUUUGGUUACCGUGAGAAAAGCUGGUUAUAUUUCUAUGCUGACAUAAUCAUGUAUGAAAAGCUACAAAACGGUGUCGUCACAAUCUGUUUCCUGAAUAUCUCAGGUUACAAAUGGAUAUGCUUCUUAUUAUAAACUCUUCUAUUAUUCUUCUGUCUGUCCGGCAACGAGCCGUCGUAAUGUUGUUGUGUCUUUGUAUUUGGUCAGUCCAGUCAGUGUUUUGAUGGGAAAAUGUUUUAUUGAUUUAUCUCACUUAUCUUAACAACUAAAGCGCAAGGCUAUAUGGGUCUCAAAUAUAUGCUGCAACAGUGUAACUUAUCUAACUGUAAUAGUGUUACUAUCAUUUCAGUUUCAUGGGGUUGAACAGUACAGUCCAGUAGUGAAAACUGCCAUCUGUUUGAACAAGCAGGGUGUUGUAAACAUGUAUGUGCCUCUUUUGUCGAGCGCUCCUUUUUCCAUUUCUGUAAAACUUGAUUGAAAAAAAAAAAAAACCCAUUUUCUUCUACAACACUAACUAGCAGACUUAAGAUUGGCAGCUGGGUUGCCAGUUCUGUGUGGAUUUUCUCACCAGUAAGAUGAACAGAUGAGGGUGUAUUCAUUCUAGAUGUUUACUACAAUCAGUGUUUUAUGUUUUGUCUAAAAGUCUUUAAAGGAUUUAAAUGAUCAGAAAUAAUGUUUCAGUUAGGAGAAGCACCCUCAUCCUCCUCCACAGCGGGACACAUUGGUCUUGUCGCAUACUAUGAAUAGAUUGUCGGGGGCGAGGGUGGGGGAGUCGGAUAGCGCUGACAUUUGAAUGCAGGUCCUGCUUCGGCUUCUGUUGUGUUGCAGUGGGAUUAAGAUUAUGUCAAAGAGGAACUUUGUGUCAACGAUAUGAAAAAAAAAGUGAAUUUAUUCAAUCAUACUGAAAAUGUAAAGACUGUAAUGAUCUGUUCAGGAUUGUAUGUUGUUUCAUUUUGAGCAUGCCUUUUCACUUGUCAUCGGGUGUGAGUUUGCUGUGCUAUAAACGUCUGAGUUUGUUUAACGUGUCACAGCGGUGGCACUCAUUGUAGAUAAUAGCAUAUAUACAUUUUAAAUGUGUGCAAGAUGCAUAUGAGUGGAUUAUGCAGUAUUAAAAUGUACAAACUGAUAUACAAUAAACAGAAAAAUGUC